GAGGAGAGAGUAACGGGCUGACAGACAGUGAGAGCACAGAGAGAGAGGAGAAAGAAGGCAGAUAAAAUGAAGGAAAUGAAAUAAAAGGGGAUUCUUCUUCCUCUUCUGCAUCGUUUAUUUUGGAGCGUCUGCUGCUGUGCUGUGGAUCCGCUCAUUUCAUUCCUGUAUGCUGGAGGAUUUUUCAGAAGUGUCGACAGGAAGCUUUCCUCACAGAGUGAGGUGUCACCUGGAUGCAAGAAGGAGCAACAGAAAUAAGACAGAGCUGCUUCCAAAUGCUCCAGGUCCAGUUCUGACGAGUCCCCGUCUCUCCGAGUCCCAACAGCCGAUGGCCAGCUGAGGUCUGUACGGGUCUCAGCAGAGUGGAAGGAAACAUCCCAGCAGCCAAUCUGUCAGAGGAACCAUCUGAGCAAUCAGCAGAGGGCAGGACUACAUGCGAGCAGCUGGAGGGAGAGAAAUGUUGGGAAAGGGUGGGCGAGCAGCCCUGGCUCUCCUGUCAUUUCUACUGCUGCUGCUGCAGGAAGCGUCGGGUAUCGAAGUUCCUCUCGAUCCAAAGAUCCAGCGAGACCUGAAGCAGCCCCCAACCAUAACCAAACAGUCAGCCAAGGACUACAUUGUGGACCCCAGAGACAGCACCAUUGUCAUUGAGUGUGAAGCCAAAGGCAACCCUGUGCCGACGUUCACAUGGAGGAGAAACGGGAAGUUCUUCAACAUUGGCAAAGAUCACAGAGUGACAAUGAAAAAACGCUCAGGGACUCUGGAGAUCGGAUUUAAAACAGGAGGAAAACCAGAGGACUACGAAGGAGAGUACCAGUGUUUUGCCACCAAUAACUAUGGAGUGGCUCUGUCCAACAAAAUACUGCUCCGGGUCUCCAAGGCUCCCUUGUGGCCUAAGGAAUUGCUGGACCCAGUGACAGUGACAGAAGGCUCCCCUCUGGUCCUACCCUGCAACCCGCCCCCUGGCCUGCCUCCUCCAUACAUAUUCUGGGCGGACAGUAAUAUGGCAACCAUUCCUCAGGAUAGCAGAGUCUCCAUGGGUCUCAAUGGAGACCUCUAUUUCUCAAAUGUUUUAGUUGAAGAUGGACAAACAGACUACUGCUGCAACGCUCGCUUCCCCUUCACACAAACCAUCCAGCAGAAGAACCCCUUCAACCUCCGGGUUCAAACCAGCCGCAAAGUAGCACAGUCCCCGCCAACCUUCCUGUCCCCCUCAGGGCAAGAGAGCUCCAAAAUGGUGCUACGAGAUGAGCAACUGCUGCUGGAGUGCAUCGCUGCUGGGCUUCCUACUCCCACCAUCAAGUGGUUCAAGAGGGGCGGAGAGCUUCCAGUAGAAAAGGUGAAGUUUGAUAAAUACAACAAAACCCUGGAAAUCAGCAAUGUGUCCGAGGAGGAUGCUGGCGAGUAUGUGUGCAUGGCCAACAACGAUCUGGGCAGCAUACGCCACGCCAUCGACGUGCAGGUUAAAGCGGCUCCUUACUGGUUAGACAAACCUACCAACUUGGUGCUAGCCCCAGAGGAGAACGGCCGUCUGGUAUGUCGAGCCAACGGCAACCCCAAGCCCAACAUUCAGUGGCUGGUGGAUGGAGAGCCCAUCGAGACUGCUUCACCGAAUGCCAACAGAGAAGUGCUUGGAGAUACCAUCCUCUUCCGGGAGGUGCAGAUCGCCAGCAGCGCUGUCUACCAGUGCAACGCCUCAAACCAGCACGGCUACCUGCUGGCCAACGCCUUCGUUAGUGUUCUUGACAUGCCUCCAAGGAUGCUGGGACCCAAAAAUCAGUUAAUCAAAGUCAUUGUGAACAACCGCACCUUCCUGAACUGCCCUUUCUUUGGCUCACCGUUGCCCGUGUUACGCUGGUUUAAGAACGGCCUGGGGAGUGGCCUGGAUGGAGGUCAGUACCGGGUCUAUAUCAACGGUACCCUGGAGAUAAAACGGGCUCGGAAGGAGGACGAGGGCAUCUAUACCUGUGUGGCUACCAGCAUCUUAGGCAAGGCUGAGAACCAGGUCCAACUGGAGGUCAAAGAGCCGACACGUAUAAUUCAGGCUCCCACGCCUCAGUCAGCUGUGAGGGGUUCUACAGCAGCCUUCCACUGUAAGGCGGUCUCUGACUCCACCCUGCCCACCAAGGUGAGCUGGACAAAGGAUGGAGAGCCUCUGAAUCCAAGAUGGAGGGUAAAGAUUGAUAAAGAUUCCCUGACCAUCUCCAGUGUCAGUGAGGAAGAUGAGGGAUUGUACACCUGCAUCGCUCAAACUGAGAUAGACCAGGACGCCGCCUCAGCUCGCCUCACCGUCUUAGAGGACGCCUCCUUCAACCCCUCCAUCUUUAGUGCCUUACCUCCAGACCGUCCAGACCCACCAAUGGAUCUGGAUCUGUCAGACCCACUAGAAAGAAGUGUUCGGCUCACCUGGAUCCCUGGAAACGACCACAGGAGCCCCGUUACAGAGUUCUUGGUCCAGUUUGAGGAGGACCGCUGGGAAGCAGGCAGAUGGCAGAACCUCUCCUCUUUCCCAGGAGACCUCAACUCCGUCAUCCUGCAGCUCGCCCCCAACAUCAACUACCAGUUCAGGGUCAUCGCCAUUAACUCCGUGGGUCGGAGUUCUCCAAGCCGGCCCUCGCCUCGAUACAAAACCAGUGGGGCUCCCCCAGAUGUCAUUCCCAGAGAUCUACGUGGAUGGGGCUCAAAAAAGGACAACAUGGAGAUCACCUGGGAGCCGCUGCAGGAUAUGCAGAGAAACGGUCCAAACUUGCAGUACAGCGUGUGGUGGAGACGAAAAGAUUCUGGGGAGGAGUGGAGCAAUGUGACCACGUUCCACACCAAAUAUACCGUCCAUCCCACUGAAACAUAUGUGCCUUACGAGAUCAAAAUCCAGGCAAGGAAUGAUUUUGGUUCAGGACCGGAGUCAAAUAUUGUCGUCGGAUUUUCCGGAGAGGACAAGCCCACUGAGGCCCCCACUGAGCUGCGGGUGUCAAAGGUUGGCAGCACCACAGCCAAUGUCCACUGGAAGCCUGUGGAUCUCAGCACUAUCCAGGGGGAGUUCAAGGAGUAUCGACUAUACUACUCCCGUCAGUCCAGUCUGAUCAAAGAGCGGGGGGUGAGGAAGGAGAAGAAGACCACUGGUUUCUACACCACUGUGCCGGAACCAUCUGGCAUUCUUAAAGACUUGGUGCCCUACUCCAAUUAUAGCAUGUUCAUGGUGGUGGCGAACAAUGGCUUUGAGAGUAACCCCAGUAACAGAGUGGAAUUCAGCACCAAGGAGGAUGUCCCGGACGCACCAAGGUUCUUCAGGAUUAACCGCCGAAGUCUGGACACCCUCUACUUGGAAUGGGGCAAACCUUUAGAACCCAACGGCGUUAUAAUUGGCUACCAGCUCGUUUACCAAAGAGUCAACGGUUCCAGGUUGGGUCCCCAGCAGAUCAAGACCUUCUGGCCAAAUGUGACGAGUUUCACUCUCCGCCUGCCGGAGCGAUCGGCGCGCUACAAGUUCAGCCUGUCGGCGCUCACCAAGGUGGGAGCAGGAGAGGUCUAUGCUGAAGAAUCGCCACACUUUACCAACGAAGAAAACUUUACUCAUGCUACAGAUGUAGUUGAGCUAACGGACGCCACCCUGUCUUCUGCUUUCUCUCCUACUCCUACUCCUUUACCUCCUCUUCCUCCUACUGACAUCCCUCCUACAAAAAGUAAUGCUACUACUAUUUCCCCUCUACCAACUACCACUUCCACAACAACAACUACUACUACUACUACCACUGAGGCAACUACAACCACUACAACUCCUCUGCUGGUCCCCACCAAACGAGUUGAUCAGAAUGUGUUGGGUACAUCCCCUCGGAGAGAGAUCUGGAAUCUGACGGUGGUCCCUAACAGUUACUAUGCUAACGUCAACUGGAGUCACAACUUCCCCGCUGACAUCAAGUUUGUUGUAGAGGUCAUUCUGGACAGCAACAACACAAAGACUUUUGAAGAAGUUAAAAAACCACCGGUUCAUUUAAAGGCUCUGAUUGCUGGGGAGACGUACCACCUGAGGGUUUACUCCCAAGAGCUGAGCAGCGUCAGCAGCGAACCCGUCAUCUUUAAAACCAAAGCAGCUCACAUAGACCAGGUGGACAUAGCCACUCAGGGCUGGUUCAUCGGCCUGAUGUGUGCCAUCGCCCUCAUUAUACUGAUUCUCCUCAUUGUCUGCUUCAUCAAGAGGAGCCGCGGAGGCAAAUACCCAAUUCGUGACAAAAAAGAUCUCCCCCUGGACUCGGUGGAUCACAAAGAUCCCGACGGAUCCUUUGACUACCAAAAUGGUUCCUCUGUUCGUGACAGGAACGAAAAUGAGAACAGCAGCGACGAGGACAACAAGCCUCUGCAGGGCAGCCAGACUUCGCUGGACGGCAACGUGAAGGAGAGCGAUGACAGCCUGGUGGACUACGGGGAAGGAGGCGACGGCCAGUUCAACGAGGACGGCUCCUUCAUUGGUCAGUACACCGUGAAGAAGGACAAGGACGAGACGGAGGGCAACGAGAGCUCUGAGGCCACCUCUCCUGUCAACGCCAUCUACUCCUUAGCAUAGCGGAGCCGCGCCGCACACCAGGACUCGGUCUUAUUCCUAUUAGCCACCUCACCGUACACAAGACACACUUGAUUAUAUGAAUAUUUAACACCUGCUACACGGAACAAGCAGGAGGGUCUUUGUGGAGAGGCUCUCCUGAAGGGAUGAAGUGGAAGAACAUGGGCGAAUCUUAGACCACAAGCCUUUAAUUUGUGUUUUCAGCUCUGAUAACAGGAUCUGUUGGAGGUGAUGGAGGGACAGAGAGAAGAAGAAGUCUCCAUGGCGCCGGGUCUGCUCCUUACCCACGCUAACUUGAAGUGUGCCUUCAAGGCAGCUUUGGAUGUUGUUGUUUUGUGUAUGUUUGCCGUUCAUCUCUCUGCUGCUCUGCCUGAGACGCCUCCCACCGAAUCCAACAGGGAUGACAUCACUCCCACGCAAUCCUGUCACGUAUCAGCCUCUCACCGUUAAUCUGAACUGGAUGCUGGCAGAUAUGUUUAUCAUAUUGAUACUUGCGCAACGAACGAUUUUUAUUUCUCCUCCCAGCUGGUAGAUGAUGGAGCGAAUCCUAAGGAAUGCCGUACACCUUUCCUGGCACACCUUUCCGUGCCCCUUUGAAACUAUGCACAACCUCCCUCCUGUUUUGAGUUUGAUCUGGUCUGUCAACCUUUGCUUUGGCUUUCGUUAACCAUCUUAAAUCUGAACACAGGCGCUUUUUCAACAUGUUUGUCUCCUAUCUUCAAUUCAUUGUUUUGAUCCAGCGGCUCCGCAGGCUGCAGCCCCUCUUAGGUUCUUCUAAAAAAGUCCAUCUUUGAGGUAAUGAGAGAGAAAAGAUUGUGUCGGUGCAUGCUUGAAAAAAUAACACGAAAAACUGAAAAAUGUAGUUUAGCAAGCAGGAAGAAAGUCCUGGUAAUAGAUCAUAUUUUGGAGAACUGGGAGAGUUCCAUUGAAAAGUCAACUCACUAUAUCCACCAGGCUACAUGAGGAGAAGCCCAGCAGAGAAAAUAAUAAUAAAGAAGUGAUCAUUUACUAACAGCCUUUAAAUGGUAGGAAAACGCUUUCUUGUAUCCUCAGAUUCAACCAGCUGGCUUUCUGUUUCUUUCAUUUCUUCUGCUCUUCAUGCCUGCUUUAUAGAUGUUAAACCCCACCUCAAGGUUAUUACUGGAUCUGGGCCUGAUUAAGGCAAAAAUAUUCA